AUGACCUCAACUCCUCGUGAAAUCGGUACUUUGAUCGUCGUGGUGCUUAGGGCUAACCAUCUACCGAACAAACGUCACAUCGGAAAACAAGACCCCUACUGCCUUGUCACGGUAAACGGCGAGAAACGCAGAACGAAAGCAAUCAAACGAGGAGGCCAGCAUCCAGAAUGGGAUGAGGAAAUCCGGUUCACCUUGUUCGAAGACGUUGAAGAUGUAUUAGCGCGGACUGCCCGUGGGACUGGAACCCCACCAGCGCCUCCUCCAAAAGAUGAUAAAAAGGUCAAGAAGAUCAAAGGAGGAAAGACGAUGAAAGUUGCAUGCUACGCGGACGAUCCCCGUGAACCAGACCUGAUUGGAGAGGUUGAGGUUGAUCUUACAGAAGUCUUGACCAAAGGGGAAACAGACGAAUGGUUUACUUUAACGAACAAAGAUAAGUUUGCGGGUAAAGUCUACUUGGAAUUAACGUUUUGGUCGAAUGAACCGCCGCCCGAGAAAAAGAUUACUCCGAAGCCACCUAAAAAUAAUAAACAGUAUGGAGGCCCUGGAUCCUUUGUUCCUCUGGGAGAUCAACCUAUUUCAGAGCAAUCCAGGAUUUCUGGAACUGCGACUGUUAUUCCUUCUUCUCUGAGGGCUUCCAGCUCUGCUGCAAAUUUGGAUUUGUAUGUACCACCUUACGAAAGGAACAAGAAUGCCCCUCUGGAUAAGUUAGCCCAGGAGUUCAGCGAAUUUGGAGUUUCUUCACAGUCAAGAAGAAGAGAAACCUUUCCUCCUGUUCCUGAUUCUUACUCUCAGCAAUCUCAGUCGGGUUUUGUGCACCCCAACCUGACCACAUAUUCUUCCUAUACAUAUGAGCAAGGUGUACAGGACCUCGCGUCUUCGUAUACUUAUGAUAACCCCGUUUCACCAAACAUACAAGGAUCUGGACACCCACAUCAACCGGCUUCCAAUCCAUCUCAUGGCUAUCCCCCGCAAACAUAUCAUCCUUCUUAUGAAAUAGGAUCUUCGGGUUUUCAACCUCAAGCUCGUGGUCCAAGGCACAGUGUGCCUACUGCUUCUUCUGGUUUCAUGCCAUUAUCCCAUUCCUCGGGUUUUGGUACGAUACCCUCUCAUGUUUCAGAACCUUCUGGCUUUAGUAUUCCUCUCUCUCACACGCCAGCACCAAUGAACUACAAUUCUCAAUUUCAACAUCAGCCGCAACCAGUUUAUUCUUCAUCACCUCACACUCCCGCACCGUCAAAUAACGGACAUCACAUUCACGCUUCAACUUCGCUUUCAUUCCAGCCUCAACAGUCUUUUUCAACAUCACCAUCGUAUAAUUACUCACCAUACAGCAUUCCACCUUCUGCCUCUGCUCCCCCUCAACAAUUUGUGUCUUCUCAAACAACUGUCUCUGCCCAAGCCAAUUCAGCUCCCCCGAUGCUCUAUGGUGGCACUUCUCCUUCUCACGAAAUUCCGCCACUACCAGUUCAACAGAACAAUCAAAUCCCGCAAAUGAACGGUCAACCUUCCAGACCAUUACCUCCGCAACCCCAGGUUAUUUAUACUCAACAACCCAUACAGCAGCAGCAGCAGCCAUCUCAGCCUCAGAUAGUCCAGCAACAGCUGCAACCUCCGGCGGACCAACAGGCGCCACCUCAGCAACAGCAAUUGAAUCAGUCAAAUCAGCCACCAAUUACAACCUCCCACUCGUUACCAGCGGCAGGUGGACAAAACCAUCACGCAUUUGGGAUAGCACAUUCGAGCAACAUGUAUCCUGCUGCGGCGAAUUACGCUGCUGUUCCUCCGCCUCCGCCGCCACCGAUUCAGUACCAGGCUGGUGCAGCUAUAGUUAGUUCAAACAGUGCACAAUUGCCUAUACCACCUCCCCCACCUCCCCCACCUCCAAACCUUCAAUCUCAGCCACGCCGUCGAGCAAGCCUGCCUCAGCCUCCUGUCACCUAUCAACAACCUGUUUAUAAGCAGCAAAUCCCCCCACCCCCUCCCCCUCCACCUGCCCCAGUGGAGUAUUACAGUCCUGCCUCCCUGCCUCCACCACCCCCACCACCCCCGCUUCGGGAUUCAUCGGUUAAUUCUCAAGCUUCGACAUUUUACCCAGGGCAUCCACCAAAACCCCCUGCUCCUGUAGAUGAGUAUGGUCAAUGGGCCCAGACCACCAAUCCCACAUAUUCGGGUCAGCAAACUUCACAGGCGUACUGA